AUGGUAGACGGUGAUAUCACUUCACCAUCCAAAACUUCAGAAAACUCAGAGAAUGGAAAGAGAGUUGCUGAUGAAAACCCACAUCUUCAACCAGAUAGUCUUUACUACGUACAUCCAGCUGAAAAUCCCACCACUGUUCUUUAUCAACCAGUUCUUUCAGAUGGUAAAAUCAACAAACCAACGAAAUCAGCAGAUAUUCCUUAUUGGAAGCGCUGUGAUGAUCUUGUUGGCAGCUGGGUCUGGAACUCUUGUGAACCAGAGAUUGGCCGCAGCAUCAUGUCUUUCGACACUGCACAUGAGAUGUGGAUGAAUUUGAAGAGUCGCUUUGCACAAUCUAAUGCAACCAAUAUGUAUGCCAUCAAGCAAGCAAUCUCUAAUCUGAAGCAAGAAGACAAUAUUGUUGAUCAGGUCUCCAACUUGAGAAGUCAGCUCCUUGUCACUGAGCCAUUGCCUUCUACUGCAAAGUUAUACAAUCUUAUUCGUCAGGAAGAAGAACAACAGGUACUCAAUUCCUUGGUGGUGCACAAUGUGGACUCUACAGCUUUGAAUGUAAGCCGCCAUGACCCUAGAAGCAAUCGAUCAUUUCCAAGCACCAACAAUGGUGCCAGCAGCAGCAAUAAAAAAUGCCAGCAACCAUUUUGUGACCACUGCAACAAGCAUGGUCAUACACGGCUAAUAUGUUGGAAAUUGGUUAGUUAUCCAAAGGAUACGUCCAGGUCAUAUUCUCGUGCUUUGGCUUCUGUUGUUGUUCAUGUUCCUAUUGCACCAUCCAUCACUGCUGAACAAUAUGCUCGCAUACUUUCUUUGCUCGAUCCAGCCAAUGGAGACAUAAAACCAUCUGCCAAUUUCGCAGAACCUACAAAUGAACAAGGAGAUUGGAUGGAGUAG